AAAAAACAGCCAUGGGAGUCGACUAUUACAGCCUUCUGCAAGUCAGCAGGACCGCCACCGACGACGAUCUCAAGAAAGCUUACAGAAAACUCGCCAUGAAAUGGCACCCGGACAAGAACCCAACCAACAAGAAGCAAGCGGAGGCGAAAUUCAAAGAGAUCUCAGAAGCUUAUGAGGUACUGAGCGAUCCUCAGAAGAGAGCUAUCUACGACCAGUACGGGGAAGAAGGGCUGAAAGGGCAGGUCCCGCCGCCGCCGGACGGUUCCGGCGUCGGUGGAGGAGGAGGGGCGACGUUCUUCUCCACCGGCGGUGGGCCGACGUCAUUCCGGUUCAACCCGAGAAGCGCCGACGACAUUUUUGCCGAAUUCUUUGGAUUCUCGUCCGGUGGUGGUGGUCCCGCCGGGAUGAGGACGAGCUCCAGGUCGUUCGGCGGCGGGAUGUUCGGCGGCGACGACAUUUUCGGUUCAUUCGGUGGCGACCGGACGGCGAUGAAUGCGGGUGGUCCUCGGAAAGCGGCUCCGAUUGAGAGGGCUUUGCCCUGCAGCCUCGAGGAACUGUACAAAGGUACUACUAAGAAGAUGAAGAUCUCCAGAGAAAUCGCCGAUGCUAGUGGGAAGACACUGCCUGUGGAGGAAAUCCUGACGAUCGACAUCAAGCCAGGAUGGAAGAAGGGGACGAAGAUCACUUUCCCUGAGAAGGGAAAUGAGCAACCAAACUUGAUUCCGUCGGAUCUCAUCUUCAUAAUCGACGAGAAGCCACACAGCACUUUCACCAGGGAUGGGAAUGAUCUGGUGGUGACGAAGAAGAUCCCGCUGGCCGAGGCCUUAACAGGCGGCACGAUCAACCUGACAACUCUAGAUGGUAGAACACUGAGCAUUCCGAUCAACAAUGUCAUCCACCCGGACUACGAGGAAAUUGUCCGCGGAGAAGGAAUGCCACUUCCGAAAGAGCCGUCGAGGAGGGGUAACCUGAGGAUCAAGUUUAGCAUCAAGUUCCCAGCGAGGUUGAAUGCUGAUCAGAAAUCUGGAAUCAAGAGGCUGUUGGGUUCAUCAUAUUAG